UAGGCGUUUUCCACAUGUGUUUACAGGCACUACACAGACGCGUCGCGUUAAAGCGCGUACAGCUUCACCACAACUGACUUUGAAGUUUACUUCUUCAUCAGAAUGGAAAACACACCUGUAAUGUCUAGCUGACGGCGCGGAUAUAAACGAAUUAUGUCUGCGAGAGCACAUUGUUGCUUUUCUGUAUGAUCAUGGCAGCGUCGGAACGCGCGAGAAACUUUGAAGUUAAACGGAGUGAAACCUGGAAGCGUCACAUUAUUAGACAACUGAAACAGCGCAACGUGACACAGACGAUUGUGUUUCAGGAUAUUAUACAGUCAUAUCACAGUCUGCUGGAGAAGUCCAAACAAAGAGCCCUUAUAGCCAAAGGUAUUCUGGGAACAGGAACAAGGCAUUCACCAGUCCCUUCCUCUGAGGAUAAUUUGGCAUCUCUAAAGGCAACAACUGGUGAGCUUGCGUACCAAGUGGUGGAACUGCAGCAAAGAAUUCAGACAAAGGAAGCCACACUUGAUGAACAACAUAUCAAGUUGAAUGAGGUCCAAAACUAUCUCAGUGUUGUGGCAUCAAAACACAGCACUCUUCAGAAUCACGUAGCAGAAGUGGAGGAAGGGAAUCACCUCCUGAAACAGAAAUAUGACGCCCUGCUGGAGAAGCACCGCCACAUGGAGGAAACAUAUCGGAAAGAGAAAAGUCGCAGUUCUGAUAUCGUGGAACGCAUGAUGCGACCGAAACAGCAGGCUGCUGUCCGCAUGAACCAUCGUUAUGAGAGGAGAGUGAGAGCCCGAGAAGCCAACCUCCACAAAGAGCUUCAGAUUGCUGCCAGUAAGAAAGUGAAUAUAGAUGAAGAGUCUGGAAAUAUGUCACCUCCCAAACCAUCAUCACCAAAAUGUGAGACUUCAGAAAGGGUGGAAAGACCACUUUUCAGGUCUGCUUCAGCGACGUCCCCCCGUUUCAUCAACUCUUUCAAAGGUUUUUUCGAGAGAAAGAUCAGAGGUAAAUCUGUGUGCAGUUUUGAGGAAGAUCACUACAUACCAUUAGGCAUCUGUCUGACUGCCCGAGUCCCAACUAAGGCGAUAUUUGCACUGGAUGCUCAUGAGUUGGGAAUCAAUGCCGUGAGAUUCAGUACCAGAUCAAACCUGCUGGCUACAGGAGGAACUGACAGAGUUAUUAAACUCUGGGAUAUUGAAGCAGGAACUCUACAGAAUAGAGGUACACUAGAUGGAAGUAAUGAAGGGAUUACCAGCAUUGAGUUCGACCCUACGGGCACUCGGAUUUUAGCUGCGUCAUAUGACAAGUCAGCUCUAUUUUGGAGACUGGAUGACAGCGUUCCCAAGGUUACAUUGACAGGCCAUUCUCGUAAAGUGACAGCAGCCAGGUUUAAAUACAGUCAGAGACAGGUGGUGACAGGCAGUGCGGACCGAACCGUAAGGAUAUGGGAUCUCCAGCGAGCAGCAUGCAUACAAACCAUUGAAGUGUUAUCUUACUGUAGUGAUGUUGUGUGCUCAGAGUACUUCAUCAUCAGCGGCCAUUACGACAGGAAAAUACGCUUUUGGGACAGCAGGGCAGCGACGUGCACACAGGAAGUUCCUCUUCAGGGCAGGGUGACAUCAUUGGACCUCUGCCCCGAUCACAAACAGUUACUCAGCUGCUCCAGAGAUAACAUCCUACAGCUGGUUGACCUGAGAAAGAGCAAUGACAGGGUGGUUUUCAGGGCGGAGGGCUUCAAAUGUGGAAGUGACAGCACCAAGGCCAUCUUCAGUCCGGAUGGAAGUUAUCUAGCAGCUGGCUCUGCAGACGGUGCUGUCUACAUAUGGAAUGUGAACUCAGGAAUGCUGGAAAAAAGGCUUCCCGACAUGCACAGUGCUCCAAUAAGUGCCGUGGCUUGGUCAUUGUCGGGCGAACAUGUCGUAAGCGUGGACAAGAGUCGUCGAGCUGUGCUCUGGUGUGAUAUCUGACGACAGAUGUGUUUCCAGCUUAUCAAACAUAAGUCACUCCUGGAAAAGCACUCAGGGACGUCAUCGAAACAACCGUGUUGGGUUGGAAACUUCACACUAUGCAUCCCAUCAACAAUAAGACCCCUGUGAAAGUCUUUGUUGCUAAUUAGAUGUGUUGUUUAACAGUACAGACAAAUGUGCUAAUGUUACAGAAGUCUGGCGAAUGUCUGGGUUUAGUUUUUUAAACUUCCUUCCAAAUGAAUAACAGAGGAAGAACACAGGCCUGUACUACCCUUUUUAGCAACUUGACAAUCUGACCGCAUUGACUUUAACCUUUGACAUAAGCCAUUGACAAAUUACUAUAAAAAAUAAAAAGGGAAACAACCUUUUUUAAGACCAUGACAGCACAUUUCUGAAUACACGGAAACCCGACCCGUUGUGCAUUUAUAUCCAAGGUUGUAUUUUUAGGGAGCAUGUAAUGUAAAAUGUCAUUUUUUUUAUUUCCCCUUACUUGAAUGCUUAUUGUACAUUGUAACAAGCUGACAUGGAUUUCUAAAUACAGUAUACAAUCUAAAUGUGAAUAUAAAUUAAAACACAGCCUCAGGGAAGUGCUCAGUUAUAAUAGUUUUUUAAAAAUGAAUGAGAUGAAGCCUUUGCCGUUCGCCACACACCUUAGUGCUGCCAUAGAGACCCAGUAUGCUCACAGCUAAACCACACUCAGAUUAGCAUUUAAAAGAGCACUCUGUCUGAUCAUAACGCAUUGCUUUGACUGACUUUGAAGACCUAAAUUACUGCCAUCAGACAUCACAGAAGUCCAGCGUCAUUCACAGGCCGGCCUAUGAUUUGAUUUGCUACCUUCAUUUGCAUGUUAAGUACGGGUUGGAUGGGGAAAGCUUAAUGCUUAGUUUAUGCAGAGUGUGUUUUACAAUUCUGACAUUUAUUCAUUUUACACUGAUUCUGUAUUAGUUCAUACGAUGAAGUGUUAGACAUCACUGAUUUACAUUGUUACAAAGAACUGAUCUUAUGAUUGACCAAAAGAAAGCAUGUCCAGGGGCCUGUACCACAAAAAAUGGUUAAGUUGGCUAGCCAGGUAAGUUUAGUGUUAGUUUAUGCCAAUUCUAGGUUUUGGGUAGCUCGACUUUAAAGGAUAAGUUCACCCCAAAAUGAAAAUGUGUCUAUAUUUUACUUGCCCUUAAGCUAUGCUGUAUAUGACUUUCUUCUUUCCGCCAAAUACAGUUGGAUUUAUUUUUAAUAUUCUGGCUUUAUAAUGACAAUGGAUAGUGCCUCAUUUUUAAAGCUCCAAAAAGCACACACAUCCAUCAAAAACUAAUUUAUACAAUAAAGAGCCAGAGAAGAAAGCUGAAAGAAGAAAGUCAUACACCUAGGAUGGCUUUAGGGUGAGUAAAAUAUAAUUUUUAUUUUGGGACGAGCUGUUCCUUUAAGCCAUGUUCUGCGCAAUAGUAACUUCCGCUACAUGGCUAACCUGCUCUGGGGCAGAAAUGCAACCAAUCAGCUGUGAGCAAAGUAUAUAACUAUAGUUUAACAAUGGUAAAUAAUGAGAACAUAUGAAUCAGUCAUUAGUGAUUGCCAACAAUUCAAUUCAAUUUUAUUUAUAUAGCGCUUUUCACAAUUGGUAAUUGUUUCAAAGCAGCUUUACAUUAAUAAAAGCAGUGAAAAGCACAGAAAAUCGACAGAUGGCAUAACAAAAUACACGAUAGCAUAAGCAGCUAAAUUUGCUGCGGCUAUAAAUCAACAUUAAAAGCGAGCGUAUUACUAAUUUAACGUAUAGAAGAGGGUGCUAAGUUAAGCCCAAAAAGGCUGCCUCCCCGGGUUGAAAAACCCCUUAGGAGAAAAAAACCUGGACAUUUUAGCCGGGGAAAUAAAAAAGUCCUAGGAGGGAAAAACCCUUGGGAGAUAUAUAUAUAUAUAUAAUAUACAUGUAAACGGAUAAGGUGAUUAAGCGGAGAUUAAGCGGGUUCUUCCGGUGAUCGUUGGUCAGGCAUCAGCUGGGCAUCACGUUGAAGGACGGCCAGUAGAUCAGAGGUGUGCUGACUUUCACAUUUACCGGAACUGGGUCUGUUUGUCUCAUUGUCCUCGGGGUCGAGGACGAGACAGGGAGAGAGAAACAAAAUCCUAUUAGCGUAGGGGCCGUUCAUAUGUAAUGCAAGUGUCACACAGUGAUGUGGUUCAAAUCAGCUUGGUUCCAGACAGGCUAACUAUUGCGGCAUAAGUAUGUUACCCACAGUUGAGGAUUUAGCAAAUUGGGGGCCCAAUGCGAAGGUAUUUAAAGUAACUAUGGGUCACCAUCCGAUCUUUAAAAGAAAAUGAAACAUGUCGACCUGUUUGCACCACUCUCCUCUAUUGUUCUGGCUGUAUAAGUGACAGCACAUCAAUUUUAAACCCACUAAAUGGGCGUUUGCUACCUAAAUAGGGCACUUUUGGCCACCUAUUAGCACAGCCUAUAAACACUAUACCAAUUUGUUUUGGUAUAAUCGUAUUCUGAUGAAUAUAUAGUGUUAUAAGCCCAUCCUUCAGUCUCCGUUCUCUUUCCGCUUCCUUACGCCAAGUCAGUUUUGACAUUGACAGACAACGGGUGAAAGAGUUACAUGUGCUUCAGAUCCAUGGUGAAAGGAAGUCAUUCCGCACAAAAGAGGCUUUUACAGACACUCCGUUGUUGUUUUUGAUUUAUCUACACACUUGUGUCAUCGAACUGUUGUGUAUAAAUGAAUAUCGCUCUCGUAUUCGUGUAAUACGAGAGCCUCUAUAUCAGCAUGGCUGUGAUUGACUCGUUACAGUCUCUGGUGUAAUCGCAGCCAUCCUGUAAUAGACUUUUAUCGCGUGAUUAUGAGCGUGAUAUUGCUUUAAUAAUAUAUUACACUUUUUUUAUAUUUGUUUUUUUUUAUAUGGACAGACCAAACAAGCUAGCCUGGUUAAAAGUUAUAAGUUAUGGUCUGGCAAAGCUUCGUAGACAAAUAAUUUCCAAAGGGGCGUCACCAACGGAAGUCGCUUAAAUGCCUCUGGACGUAAUUGGAUAAACCUAAAACAAAUCAGAUCGAAGAAGACGACGUAUGCAGAGUAAGACAGCAAUAACAGCUUUAUUAGAUAUGAAGGCUUUGAGUGUUGUUCUUUGCUCGAGUUUUAACGAAAACUAAAAGUUUAAAUCGCUUAAAACAGACGCGAUAGCUGAUUCAAAUGAGUGAUGUUCCACGCCGGCAUCCAUCUUUGUAAUGUACAAAAUCUGCUUUACCGUCGCUGCACUGUAGUCAUCGUAGAAAGACCGCCCCAACAUUCCUGAUUGGUGCUGCAAUUUCGACGGAUUAGAAAUGGGCUCUUUGCCAGACUUACUUGCAGAGCAAAUCUAAAUUUGCCGGAAGUUGUCUGGGUUUUCCCAGGCUACAAACAAGCAAUAAAAAAGCCAAACUGCCGUUAUAAGGACCAAUGACUGUGUCAAUAAAGUCUGUUGUUUUGCAUAUGAAUCCAUAGCAUAUACUGUAAGUAAACAUGACUGUCUAUGUUCUGAUAGGCAUGAGUACUAAAUAGGACCUGAGACUAUUUAAGAAAUGAUCCUUUCAACAAUGUAUCAAUGAUGAACCUUAAGACCCUGUUACCAGAGUCUGUCAUUUUACAUAUUUUGUUAAGUAUUUGGGGGGGGGUUGUUUUUGAUAAGCUUAUAAUUCCUUAAAGUUUAUUUGUACAGUAAACUGAAGGUAACAAGGGGUAGUUGAAUGCUUAGUGAAUGCAGUCGGCACUACAGUUUUAGCAAAAGCUAAAAAGUUACAAACGAAAUAUCAAUUCAAUGAUAAUGUCAUUAUAAUGUGAAGUAUGAUUGUAAUUGUUUGUUCCAGUUGAGUUUAUUAAGACUAUUUCUAAAAUCCCUAUUUAAGACAUUUGAUGUUUUUCAAACUAGCUUCUGUUCAUUCAUUAUAUGUUAGAUAAUUUAACAUAUCUAGCAGUGACGGCCGGUGACUUCUCUUCAGAGAGGCGCAAAUUCAUAAUAUGUGUUCGGAGUGUCAUGUGUAUUGCUGGUCAUGUCAAAAUAUGUGUUUGUGCGUCAUGUGAAGCGUGUGCAUCAUGCGUCUUGUCAAAAUAUGUGUGAGGUGCACAUGACGCAUCAAAAUUAUUUAUGAUAAAAGAGACGCUCACGUUCACAAAAUACUUGCAAAACUUAAUAGUAAAUUCUGAUUACACAUGAGAUUAAGCGAGUAUCUGGCGUUAGAGAUCUUCUCGGGUCCAAAAAAAUGUACCCGAUCCAAAAUAACCUGAAUCACUUUAUACCCGAACCCAACGUGCAUAAAUAAUUUUUUUUGUUAAAGACAAACCCGAACCCAGACAAACCUGAGAAAAUUAGACCCGAGUCCGACCCGAAUGUAAACGGCACCGAUGUGUGCAGUCUGCAGCCGCGCACGUAGCAGUCAGACAGAAAGAAACCCCGCUGGUCUCGCAACCAAUUUGGCGAGCUGCUCCAUUUGUUUGAAGACGACACCCAGGCCACUGCUAUAAUGUACAUUGACUGACAUGUCUGACUCAAUGAAAAUUAACCUACCGCCAGCCACACAAUGUCGCAAGCACUCUUGGCAAACAGAGGAGAGGUUUGAAAAGGACUUUGAAGCACAUGAGAGAGUUUGGGUUUUCGGGUCCGUUCGGCUAAAACACAUUCAUUUUAAAUUACCCGAGACCCGAUGCCGCUAAUAUAAUACCCAACUCGUGUCCAAGGCACACAUCAAACUUUUAGACCCUAACCCGAUCUGGUCUCGGGUUGGACUUCAGGUUUUUGGAUCCAAGUGGACCCGUGAAGACCUCUAUCUGGCGUCUCUUUUAUCAUAAACCCCUUAGAAGUGUCUGCAGCAGGCUUGUAUUUUGAAAUCACACGUGAUGCACAUAAGUUCACAUGACAAACACAUUUUUUGACAUGACGAGCCUUACACAUGACAGGCUACAAACAUGUUGUGCACCCUCAGAAAAGAAGUCACUGGCCGCCACUUAUAUCUAGUUUCCACAACAAUAUCUGUAAUACUUAAAAAAGUAAUGGAACACCAAAGUGGACCCUACUAGUGGAAAGUGCCGGUAAUAAGUUUAGCAUUGAUUUUAGGACAUUAUUAACGUAUCUUAUUUCUCCGACUGUUUUAGUGUAUAUACACUUUUUAAUGACGAAAUAAUGAUGCUAUGGGUAUUGCUGUCUUGUCAUAUUUUGUUUCAUUUUUUUUUAUGUGACUUAUGUGAUGGAUUCCUAAGGGUAAACUGGCAAAGCAGUGUUACAAACGGCACAAUGAAACACUAAAAAGUUGGAUCAUGGAUGCAAUUAAUAAAACCAUGUCAU